AUGAAGGAGGCAAUGGUUCAGGCAGAGGAAGCGGCUGCUGAGAUUACUAGGAAGCUCGAGAAACAGGAGAAGAAACGCUUGAAGAAGGAAAAGAAAAGUCUGGCUGCAAUUGCCCUGGCUUCUUCAGAAAAUAGCAGUGCCCCGGAGGAGUGUGAGGACACAAGUGAAAGACCCAAAAAGAAGAAAAAGCAAAAGCUCCAGGAGGCUCUUCAGGAGAAUGGAAUGGAAGACCCCAAAAAAAAGAAAUCUCUUUUCCCAAACCCCAAAAAAAAGAAAUCUUUUUCCAAGGAAGAGCUAGUUAGUAGUGAUCUUGAAGAGACAGCUGGUACUGGAAGUCUUCCCAAGAGGAAGAAAUCUUUUCCCAAAGAGGAAACAGUUACUGACCCUGAUGAGUCAGAAAACAAGAGGGUCCCCAAGAAAAAGCAGAAAUUGUCCAAGGAGGAGCCACUCAGCAGUGGACCUGAAGAGGCUGCUGCCAGCAAGAGCAGCAGCUCCAAGAAAAAGAAAAAGCUCCGAAAGCUAUCCCUGGAAAGUUAG